AUGACUUCGACAUCUUCAACUCCUGUUCCAUCUAUAAUAAAUUAUGAUUACAACGAACAGUCGCAGUCUCGUAUGACAAAAUUUUUAAUUCAUUAUAAUCAAUUAUCAACCGUCAUCUAUUUACCUAAUGAUAUUCGUCUUGAAAAUUUUCUUACCAAUAUUCGUUCAAUUUGUCAAUUUCCAUCAUCUUAUGAUAUUUUCACUAUCAAAUGGUUAGAUGAAUCAUCAGAUGCUAUUACCAUAUCAUCACAACGAGAACUCUAUACUGCAAUUCGAUUAUAUCAUAAAAAUAAUGAUAAAGAAUUACAUGUACAUGUGUUUAAUACAACACCGGAUGAACCGGGACUAUUGUGUGCAGGAGAAGAUCGAAUUAUAUAUAGACGAGGAGCAAGAAGAUGGCGAAAAUUGUAUCUUAUUAAUGGACAUCGUUAUCAAGCUAAACGAUUUAGUACAACAGCGGCGUGUACAGUAUGCAAUGAUCGAUUAUGGGGCUUGGGAAGACAAGGUUACAAAUGUAUUGAUUGUCGUGUGCUUGUUCAUAAACGUUGUGUUAAACAAUUACGUAUUGUUUGUGGUUCAUCAACAUCGGUUUCCCCUCAACCGUUACAACAAAAAACUAAUCUUGAUAAUACAACUAAACAAAGUGGUGAUAGUGGCCGACCAUUGUCGACAGUAAAUCAGAAAACGCCCACUACCGUUGAAAAUCAACAUCAACAUAAUGGAUUUCAUCCUCAUCAUCCACAUCAUCAUCAACCACUUCAUCCACAAGAUAAUAUUGGACGACAUCGACCAAGUGGAGCUAGUUGCAUGAAUGCAAGAGAUCCAAUGGCCAAACAAAAAAUGUCUGCCAUUAAUGAACCAGGACCAUUAAAACGAUUUCCAGGUUUAUCUGAUUUGGAUCAACAAUUAUCAUCUAGUACCGCUGAUGGUUCGUCUCCUUAUCUUCGAAAUGAAAUGGUCACUGAUGAUCUAAAUUCAAAUUAUAUCGGUGACUCUUCAUCAUCUAUAAUCGGUUUACAAGAUUUUGAAUUAUUAAAAGUGAUCGGUCGUGGUUCUUAUGCCAAAGUGUUUUUAGCUGAAUAUCGACCAAGAUAUCGUAUGUCAUCAACAAUAACCAAUGGUUAUAAUCAAAAUCAACAACCACGUUUAUAUGCCAUGAAAGUGAUUAAAAAAUCGAUUGUAAAUGAUGAUGAGGAUAUUGAUUGGAUUCAGUGUGAAAAAAAUGUUUUUGAAAAAGCUACAAAUCAUCCAUUUCUUGUUGGAUUGCACUCAUGUUUUCAAACACCAUCACGUCUAUUUUUUGUUAUUGAAUUUGUAACGGGAGGAGAUCUUAUGUAUCAUAUGCAGCGACAACGAAAACUACCAGAAGCACAUGCAAGAUUUUAUGCUGCUGAAAUCACAGUUGCUUUACAUUUUUUACAUGAACAUGGUGUCAUAUAUCGUGAUUUAAAACUAGAUAAUGUUCUUUUGGAUGCUGAGGGUCAUAUUAAAUUGACAGAUUAUGGAAUGUGUAAACAAGAUCUACUAAAUGGAGAACGAACAUCAACAUUUUGUGGAACACCAAAUUAUAUUGCACCAGAAAUGUUAAAAAAUUUAGAUUAUGAUUUUUCAGUUGACUGGUGGGCACUAGGUGUUUUAAUGUUUGAAAUGAUGGCCGGUCGUAGUCCAUUUGAAAUUGUUGGUUCAGCUGAAAAUCCGGAUUUAAAUACAGAAGAUCGUUUAUUUCAAGUUAUUCUUGAACAACCCAUUCGUAUACCUCGUUCAUUAACUGUUCGUGCAAAACAUGUUCUGGAAGGUUUUCUUAAUAAAAAUCCCAAAGAUCGUUUGGGUUGUCGUGGUCCAACAUGUCGUGACGGCUUUGAUGAUAUUCAACAACAUCUAUUUUUUAGUCCAAUUGAUUGGGUUAGACUUGAAUCAAAACAAAUUAUUCCACCUUAUAAACCAAUUGUUGCCAAUGAUCAUGAUUUAUCACAUUUUGAUCCACAAUUUACAAAUGAAGAUGUUGUUCUCACUCCAGAAGAUGAUGAAGCUUUGGCAAAAAUAAAUCAAAAUUAUUAUUAUUUUAUUUUAUUUUAUUUUUCUGAUAUGGAUGAUGAUUUUGGUGGUUUUGAAGCUGCAGAUCCUAAUACACAAAUAAAUGCUCCACAAACAAACGUACCACCCACAUGGCUCGUUGAAACAGUUACGCCAAAAUCCGAUCAAAUUGACAAAGAAAAAUCACGAAUUUCUGUAGUGGAUGAACACGCCAGAGAUGAUAAUCAACAAAUAAAAUAUGGUAAUCAGAAUACAUCUGAUAUAUAUCAACGGUUGGAAGAAAAAUUAUUAAAAACUGAAACGAAUUUAAGAGAACAAGAACAGAAACUUCAACAAAUUCAACAACAACAUAAAAAAGAUCUUGAAGAAUUACAAGAUGGAAGUAAAAAAGCACUGACAAUUAUUGUUCAAGAAUAUCAAGUAAAUGAACAGAUACUGAUGAUUGAAGAUAUUACUAAAGAAUCAAUCAAAGUUGCUGUGUUAGGCGAACGACAACAAAAUGAACAAAUAUUUAAACGAUUACUACAAGAUUACAUUUCGAAUAAUGAAUUAAAACAGACGACGACAGCUGACUCAAUAAAUACUAAAGUGGAACGAAUGGAAUUUGAAUUAAAAAGUACAUUUAAUGAUCAUUUAUCAAAAUGUAAACAAGAACUACAGGAUUUUGUUGAAAGUCGUGUUGCUGAAUCUCAAGAACAAUUAAUGCGUCAUUAUACAUCGUUGAUUGAAGAUUUAGAACUUUCAUUGAAAAAAAUGAUAAUGACAACGAUUGAUGAUGAGAGAAAAACUACAAAGAAUGCUUUAUUGAACGAAAAAAAUUCUUCAGUUGAAUUCACAACAGAAUUAAAAGAUUCUACUGAUAAACAUAUUCGACAAUUAUUUGAUCUACAAAAAGAAUCGAUACAGUUACAAAUAAAAGAUCAAUAUCAAUAUGAACGAACAAAAUUGCUUGAGACAAUGAAUGAGACUCUAACCGAUAUUAAAAAACGUUUUAAUGAUGUGUUUGAUGAACAAAAACAACGUGAUCAAUUAUGUUUAAGAAAACAUCUAACAUGUUUACAAUUAUUUUUACAUAGUGCCAAAGAACAAUUGACAAUAAUUAAUGAUCAAAUGUUAAAGACAGAUACAGAUGAAAUAUUAUUAAAUUUAUAA